UAACACCCGCUUAUGAUGAAAUACUGGUCAGCUCUGGAAUUCAAUUCGUUUGCUUCGUCUGUUCCUCAAUUUUUAUACAAAUCAGAAAUAAAUCCAAUACACUAUGACAUAAAACUAUAUGAUAUAAAAAGUAUGUACGAAAGAGUAUCAAAUUGAAGGUUACACAUUCUUCAUUAAUUUUAAAAAAUGAACAAAUAACCCAACAGGAUUAACCAUCUCAUACUGUGUCAGUUAACUCAAUUGUUUUGAUAUGAGAAGGAUGGUUACGGUCGAGAUUUAAAAAUGACUUGGCAUACCACCAAAUGAAAAAUAUAGAAAAUAACAAGAGAAGCCAGCUAUUUGUGGGAAUGUGGAUGGGGCUGAAGUAAAAGACAUCUGAUUGGAAGGUAGGGAGACAUGACCAAAGCUGGGUGGGUGGCUGGCUCAUUGUUUCAAUUUUGAUGAUGUAACCGAGACAAAGUUAUUGGUACUUAUUGAUGUUAUAAAAAGAAGGAAAAAGGAAAGGGCCAUGGGAUAUACAUAUACAUAUAAUUAAAGGGCGAGGCAGGCAGGUAAGGUCAAUGGAUCCUAAGGUAUUACCGUUGAUUGGUAUUGGAAUUAGAAUCUUCGUCUUCAUAUGUCUCCUCAUCGCCUUGGUCGUAAUUGCCACUGACAAAUUGUCCCUCAUUAAUGGCUUCAAAGCAACCUUCAAUGAUGUCCAUGGAUACAGGUACGUGUUGUCUGUUGCAACUAUAGGAUUAGCCCAUACAAUUUUACAACUGGGUUUCUCCAUAUACCAUGUGCUUACCCAAAACAUACUCUUUUGGAAUGGGCUUCCACAAGUCAACUACUACGCUGACCAGGUCAUAACUUGGGUGUUGGCCACGGCGGUUGGAGCUGGCUUUGCGGUCUCCGGAGAGCUGAAAAGUUAUGUGAAUUCAAGAAUUAAUAAGGAAUUUGGGGAUUAUUAUGGGUUCUUCAGUGCACAAGUUGAUGAGCAGAAGUCACUGAUAGAUGAUUUCUUCGAUAAGGCCAAUAUUGCCACUGCCAUUCUCUUCCUUGCUUUCAUCUCCAUGGCCACUCUCCUCCUUCUCUCUCCCUUCAAUCGGAUCAAACCAACUCCUCUUCCCACACAAGAUCCCGAGGCCCAAAAGCUUGAGGCCCAAUCUUCCCAAGCCCAGCAGACGGAAGCCCAAUCAUCGGAGCCGCCUUCUCGUUGAUUUUUGGGAGAGUUGCAAAUGUAACAAUUAUAUUCAAAAUAAUUAAAUACAUAGCAACAUUUUAAAAAAAUUGCAACUGUCAAAAUCUAUCAAUGAUAGGAGUCCAUCACUGAUAAACCACAAGAAUCUAUCAAUGAUAGAAGCCUAUCGCCGAUAGAUUUUGCUAUAUUUGUAAUUUUUUAAAAAUAUUGCUAUAUACUUAAUAAUUAUUCUAAAAAUUGUUACCCAUUAUAAUUAUCUUUGAUUUAAUUCUUUGUUCUCUAUAGCCAA